UUAAGCAAACAUACUAAUAGGUUUUGAACAUGGCAAGUCAUGUAUUCGUGGUUUUCUUUUGCAUAAUUCUAAAUGUUAUAACCCUUUUUCCUUAUGUAACUAAUGCAGCUUCUUGCCAAUCCAAUGGUGCUCACUCACCCGCAUUCAAUCCAUCGGGAACGCCGGCCAUUCUCACUGUCAACGACUUCGGCCCCGGCGGUGACGGAGGAGGCCCCUCCGAAUGCGACGGGACCUACCACCCGCUGCCGCAAAGAGUGGUGGCGCUGUCCACGGGAUGGUACAAUGGCGGUUCCCGGUGCGGAAAAAUGGUAAGAAUCACGGCGAGAAACGGUAGGACUGCGGUGGCCAAGGUGGUGGACGAGUGUGACUCCACACAAGGCUGUGACCAGGAACACGCAAAUCAAUCACCAUGCAAGACAAACAUUGUUGAUGCAUCUGAAAAUGUGUGGCAUGACUUAGGCCUUAAUACUGAUGAUGGUGAAGUACCAGUCACUUGGACCAUGGUCUAAACUUAUGCAUCAUCAUCAUCAGUAAUAUAUUUUGAGAAAUACUAGUCAGAGACUCUUUUGAAUAUAUUAUUAUUUAUUGACUAAAAUUUAUUAAAAAUUACAAAUUAGAAUCCUUUCUAAUUUUGCAGUUUUUGAUAAAUUUCUAUCAAUAAUAAAAUGUGUUAAAAAGAAGUCUAUUAUUAGUACUUUUCUUUUAUAUUUAUGUGUGUGUAUAAUUAGGAUUAAGCACAAGCUUGUAUAGAGCUUGCUUUGUUCCUCCGCUGUGAUCAGUCUAUAUAUGUACGUGUAUCUUAGCUUGGAUGAAUACAGCCGUAUUCUCCCUCUAAUAAAAUCACAACUUUGUAGUAUA